AUGAAUUUCUUUGAGAACAUAACUUUACGACGACGACGACGAUCAAUAUCUGGGACAGAAAGCUAUAUUGAAUGCAGUUCUCGGAACACAACAAUAGAGGGCGCAACAAGUAGUGCACCUAACAUAUCGGUCGACGAAGAUGAUGAAAUUGACGAUCUUAAACGUCAAAUUAGUGAACUUCAAUCACAAUUACAAGCAGCUCACAAAGAGAUAAAUAAUCUAUCUAUAUAUCCCUAG